AUGAUUCAGUUUAGAGAUUCAGACUACGAUUACCACCCUUCAUAUUAUCAACUCCGUGGAAUUGUUUCUGGGCUAGCUUCCGACAAGAAUACAACUAUUCAUCAGAAAAACGGUCAAGAGCUUAUCAAUACAAGAGACCAACGACAUCGAAAGCUCUUAGGAGUGGAGAAGAGGCUUAGGCUGGAGAAAGAGGUCAGGAGACAAUCCAAUUUUGCAGAUUUAUAG